GAGAAAAGAAAAAGGGAAAAAGACAAAAAUGGCAAAAAUAACGUUGGGCCUCUAGAAGGCUUAAACCCUCUUCUCUUCUCCGCUCCAACUAAAACCUCCAGCCGCGGAAGCCGUUAACCCAGCGCCGCCGCCGGAGCAGUUAACCAUGGACGACGCCGAAUUAGUAAUCGCCUCUUCUUCAAUAGAUGUCGGCAUCAGCUGCUGGGACCUCCACACGGGAGCCGAGCACCUCCGCUUCAAGUCCUGCGCCUCCCCUCCCCACGGCGUCUCCUCCGUCGCCGGCCGCUUCCUCGCCUCCUCCCAGCUCCGCGACUCCAAAUCAUCCUCUGGAUCCAUUUUCUACUGGUCCUGGAACAAGCCCCAAGUAGAAGUGAAGAGCUUCCCUUCCGAACCGAUAAAGCCCCUCGUAUCGAAUAGUCAAGGAACUUAUAUUGCCGGUGGCGGUGUUUCGGGGGAAAUAUACUUAUGGGAGGUUGCUACUGGGAAAUUGCUUAAGCAGUGGCACGCGCAUUACAGGGCUGUUACUUGCUUGGUUUUUAACGACGACCAAUCCCUUCUGAUUUCAGGGGCCGAGGAUGGAUAUGUUUACGUUUGGUCACUUUUCCUGAUAUUUGAUGAUGUAAGGAGGGCAGAAUCAAAGCAUCUAUACGAGUACAGUUUCAACGCGCAUUCUUUGAGAGUGACCGAUGUUAAAACUGGCUAUGGUGGAUGUAAUGCAAUCAUCGUUUCUGCUUCUGAGGAUCGUACAUGCAAGGUUUGGAGCUUAGCUAGAGGGGAACUGUUGAGAAAUAUUGUCUUCCCUUCAGUAAUCGAUUCAAUUUCACUUGACCCGGGAGAGCACGUUUUCUAUGCUGGGGGUAGAGAUGGAAAGAUAUACAUUGCCGGAUUAAAUGCUCCCGUAACCAACAAUAGCAGUUAUGGUAAAUACAUAAUCGGUUCACUAUCCGAGCACAGUAAAUCUGUAACAUGCUUGGCUUCGAGUGCAAACGGGUUUCUAUUAGUUUCUGGAUCAGAAGAUGGCAUGAUUAGAGUGUGGGAUACGAGAACUCGAAACAUGAUUCGUGUUUUCAGACACACAAAAGGUCCAGUUAAUAACGUUCUCGUAAUAAGAAAUCCACAACACUUAAAUCCUCAGACAUCUGCUAAUUCCUCGUCACGGAGACAUGGUUUGACUUUACCACCUCCACUUGAGAAAUUUGCCAAGUCAGCGGACGAAAAUUCCCACAUUAAAGCAUUCAUCGGUGGUUCGCAUUCCACUUCCAACCAACUGUUAGACUCUUCGUAUAUCUCCGUUCAAACAAUGGAGUCUCAAAUUAAAGAACUACAGCAAAAAGGUUCUUCUGCUGCUGCUGAGGUGGACUUGGAAAGGCUGAAAAGUGAGCAGCAAAGUUCUGUACAAAUGAUACAGAAAUUAAAAAAAAUAAACGAAAAUCUGCACGAAUUCUGUGUUACCAAGCUUCUCGAUGCCAAUCGUGCUGAAGCUGCCGAAUGAGUAAUGACCACAAUUUACGAGGUUGUUUUGUACUGUAUUCAUUCCAAUUUUCUGGUAUUACUAUAAUUAUUACUAAUAUUAUUAGUGUUUUUAAGAUUUGGUACAAUUGUUUUUCGAUUUUGGCCAAGAACCCAUCAUUCUGUGGAUUAUAAGAUCGAGUAGUUAAAUCUUCGAUACCUAAUUUUUCCCGUGACAAUGAAAUAUCAGAUUCGCAACAAACGCAAUAAAUCUUGUGCAUUUCUUUCA